AUGGCUUUCCGUGGAGGGAGAGGAGGUGGCAGAGGAGGGGGUGGAAUAAAAGGCGCAACAUGGGAGCAUGAUGCUACCUUAAAGCUCGACUUCACACCAAAUGAUGACUAUCCUCGCCAUCCCAAUCUCAAACGCCCUUCUCCUCUCACACCCCAAGAACGAACACAAGUGAAAUACUACCGCACACUGCGCGAAAAGAUUCACAGCGGCCCUCUUUACACACAUUCUUCCAAGCGAGAUGUCGAGACACCUGCGAAGACAUUUGGAGAAAAACAAUUUAAUGAACAGUAUGGACGACAGACCAAGGCGGACUUUGAUCCCUUUCUAGGCGUUGAAACCUAUAGUAUGAAAUACCAACGGAAGAAGAGAGCUGUGCCGUUGGUGAGCGAGAUGAACUUUAAUAAGGAUUUUUAUCCCAAAGAAUUAUGGUCGGUUCUAGAUGGAGAAGAAGAAACCAAGGUCGCGAAGGACAAUGCCGCAAUAGCGGCGAUGGGCGGCGAAGAUCCAUCCGAGAAGACUCGAGCUCUACUAGCGAAGAUUGAGAGGGCGACGGGAGUAGAGGGGGCGGAUGGAGAAGGAGAGGAUAUAGGGGAAGAGGAGAUUGAAGAGGAACAGGACAACGAUUAUGAGGAUGACGAAGAUGAUAUGGGUGGUGAUUACGAUGCGGAGCAGUACUUUGAGAAUGGUGAGGAUGACGAUGAUGGUGGGGAUGGGGAUGGAGGGGGUGGGGAUGAUUAUUAA